AUGAUCUCCCUAAACCUAUCUCCUUCCCUUAACCCGGGUCUUCUCCACAAGACCCGGACCCGACAAAACUCGACCCGUCUAGCUUCUCUUCUCUCCACCGGCGAUAAACCCUUCAUCAAUUGCAGAUACCCACUAGGGUUUUCACCGAUUCGAGAUUCAAAACCCUUGCUUUCACUCACCAAUCCAUCUGGGUUCUCGAGAAGAUCCAGAUCCAUCUCUGCCGUUGGAUCAUCUGACCCGGAUCCAGACAUCGAUUCCGGUGAACCGGAGAACAAGGAGAAUAAGAAAGCGAAGAAUCUUCAGCUAGGGAUAGUGUUCGGUCUUUGGUAUUUCCAGAACAUCGUCUUCAACAUCUUCAACAAGAAAGCACUCAAUGUCUUCCCUUAUCCAUGGCUUCUCGCUUCGUUUCAGCUCUUUGCAGGUUCUAUCUGGAUGUUAAUCUUAUGGUCUUUUAAGCUUUAUCCUUGCCCUAAAAUCUCCAAACCUUUCAUCAUCGCUCUUCUUGGACCUGCAUUGUUUCACACUGUUGGACACAUCUCAGCUUGUGUCUCAUUCUCCAAAGUAGCUGUUUCUUUCACACACGUUAUCAAAUCAGCUGAGCCUGUGUUCUCUGUCAUUUUCUCGUCUUUCCUCGGCGAUUCGUAUCCGUUAGCUGUCUGGUUAUCGAUUCUCCCGAUUGUUAUGGGUUGUUCUUUAGCUGCAGUCACUGAAGUAUCGUUCAAUUUAGGUGGAUUAUCAGGAGCUAUGAUCAGUAAUGUUGGUUUUGUCUUGAGGAACAUUUACUCUAAACGAAGUUUACAGAGUUUUAAAGAGAUUGAUGGAUUGAAUCUAUACGGUUGUAUUAGUAUACUUGCUCUGGUUUAUCUGUUUCCUGUGGCGAUUUUCGUUGAAGGAUCACAUUGGGUUCAAGGUUACCAUAAAGCCAUUGCUUCUGUUGGGAAACCAUCAACGUUUUACGUUUGGGUUUUGCUCUCUGGUGUCUUCUACCAUUUGUAUAACCAAUCUUCUUAUCAGGCGCUCGAUGAGAUCAGUCCAUUGACUUUCUCUGUUGGGAAUACGAUGAAGAGAGUCGUGGUGAUUGUCUCUACGGUUUUGGUGUUUAGGAAUCCUGUUAGGCCUCUUAAUGCUCUUGGAUCAGCCAUUGCGAUUUUCGGUACCUUCUUGUAUUCUCAGGCCACCGCGAAGAAGAAGAAGAUUGAUGCUGGAAGUGAUAAGAAGAUCUAA